GGAUCCCCGAGGGAAUUUUGGGGUGCCCUGCUGAGCUGUGCCCCCCCCGUGCCCCCCAAAAUCCAUCCCAUCCGUGUGAUGAGCGGGGCCGGGCUCAGCAGGGUCAGAGGUGUCUGGGGGGAUUUUGGGGUGUCCGGGUGGAAUUUUGGGACACCCAAUGGAAUUUUGGGGUGCCCCGCUGAGCUGUGCCCCCCCCUUUGUGCCCCCCCAGCCCCCCAGGAUGCCGUCCCAGCUGGAACACGCCAUGGAGACCCUCAUGUUCACCUUCCACAAGUACGCGGGGGACAAGGAUCACCUGGCCAAGGAGGACCUCAGGGCCCUCAUGGAGAAGGAAUUCCCGGGAUUCCUGGAGAACCAGCGGGACCCGAUGGCGCUGGAUAAGAUCCUUCGGGACGUGGAGCAGAGCCGGGACGGGCGCGUGGGCUUCCAGGGCUUCUUCUCGCUGGUGGCCGGGCUCACCAUCGCCUGCAACGACUACUUCGUGCUGCACAUGAAGCAGAAGGGCCGCAAGUGAGGGGGCACCCGGGGGGGAUGAGACCCCACCCAGGGGUGCUGAGACCCCUCCCGGGGUGCUGAGA